AUGCCAUCCGAGCCAUUGUAUCCCAACUACUUGCCUACCCGGCCUGAUGGGUAUGCCACCCCAACCGCUCUGCCUCCGUUUGCUGGGGAUGAGCCAGGAUUGCGAGCAGACUCCGCCAAACCGUCGCUCCUGGCCAAGGGUGCGAGUGUCUCUCGCAUCACCCCGAGAAUAGGUACUGAAAUCAGGGGCGUCCAGAUCAGUCAGCUGGGAAAGGAGGGACUGGAUGAAGUAGCUCUUCUCGCCGCCGAGAGAGGCGUUGUAGUGUUUAGAGAUCAAGAUUUCGCAGAUGUUGGGUUCGAUCGCCAGCGGGAGAUCGUCAAGCAUUACGGACCGCUCCAUCUCCAUCCUACCAUGGGGUACCCGGAGGGGACAGGCCCUGAAUUCCACGUGGUCUAUGCAGACGAAAAGGCCGGAAACUUGAGAACCCUCUUGGGUGCUCGAACCACGUAUGACCUAUGGCACAUUGACCAGACAUUCACUCCCAAUGUCCCAUCGACCACCUUCUUCUGGGUCCUGGAAAGCCCAAAGGCAGGAGGAGGUGAUACAGCCUUCACAUCGCUCACUGCCGCAUAUGAGGCUCUCUCUCCCGCAUUUAGAGAAACCCUCCACCCUCUCAAGCUACUUCACACGUCAGCAUCUGAAGGCGAGGUGAGACGAGUCGGCGCGGAGCGAGCUCUUGCCGAAGCGAUCAACGCUACUCAUCCCCUCGUGAUAAAGCAUCCAGUGACGGGUAAGCCGGCACUGUUCGUGAAUCCAACGAUCGCGCGCCAAGUCGAAGGGUUCCUACCCGAGGAGUCUCAGAACCUGUUGUCCUUUCUACAUAACCACAUACGUAGCCUAGACUUUAGCUGUCGUGUGCGAUGGGAGCCUGGAACUGUUGUAAUUUGGGACCAGAGAUCUGCCGGACAUUCCGCUGUGCCUGAUUUUGAAGAUAACGAGAGGAGGCAUAUGGUGAGAAUGAUCCCAUAUGGCUCGCAACCGGCACCUGUAUCAUAA